GCUGUCGGAAGCGGAACUGGGAAAAGGUCUUGUUCGUCCGGGAGUUGGAGUAGGUGGGGGGGGCAUUAUAGAGGGAGUGCGACCGGCAGCGGGAGGAACCACUGCCGCCAUGGCCUUGUCCGAGAGUCAGCUGAAGAAAAUGCUCAUUAAGUACAAGUACAGAGACCUGGCUGUUCAGGAAACUGUCAAUGUUACUGGCCAGUACAAAGAUCUCAAACCUGUUAUGGAUAGCUAUGUUUUUAAUGAUGGUUCAUCAAGAGAAUUGAUGAGCCUCACUGGAACCAUUCCUGUAAGUUACAGAGGCAACACUUAUAAUAUCCCAAUAUGCCUAUGGCUACUGGACACAUAUCCGUUCAAUCCCCCAAUCUGUUUUGUUAAACCAACUAGUUCAAUGACAAUUAAAACUGGGAAGCAUGUUGAUGCAAAUGGCAGGAUAUAUCUUCCAUAUCUACAUGAAUGGAAACAUCCACAGUCAGAUUUGAUAGGACUGAUUCAAGUUAUGAUUGUGGUGUUUGGAGAGGAACCUCCAGUCUUUUCUCGACCUAACAUUUCAGCUUCCUACCCACCUUACCAAGCAACAGGGCCACCAAACACUUCCUAUAUGCCAGGAAUGCCAAGUGGAAUCUCUCCCUUUCCUCCUGGACCACCUCCUAACCCAAGUGGUUAUUCGGGCUAUUCAUAUCCUGCACCUAGUGGGCCAUUUCCAGCAACAACUAGCACACAACACUAUCCUUCUCAGCCUCCUGUAACUACUGUGGCAGAUGGCAGAAGAAAGCAGAAACAGGUAUGGAUUUGUGGUCAUUCUUAUGUUUUCUGGGCAGAAAAACGGGCACUUGAAAGAAGCUUUGGUCCACAAUUGGGAAUUCGACUGGAGGAUGCCAAAUUACAUUGGCUAGGAAAGAGUGGAAUGAUGUGGGAUCAGUUAAUACCCACCCUGCUGCAUACACGACGGAGGCUAACAGAUCCUGAUAUAUUGGUGGUCCAUCUAGGAGGCAAUGACCUGGGGACAGCCAGGAAUGUGGAUAUCAUAAACCGAAUGAAGAAAGAUUUAGGACAUCUUAAGCAAAUAUUCAAGAAUAGCAUUCCAGUCUGGUCUAAUAUUGUACCCCGGAAAGUAUGGAAUCAAGAGGUACCCCAUAAAGUGAUGGAGAAAAGCAGGAGAAGAAUCAAUCAGGAAAUUGGCUAUUUUGUGCAGUAUAUUGGAGGGGCUGUGAUCAAACAUGAUUUACUUGUACCAGAAUCUCCUGGAUUGUUCCAUCUAGAUGGUGUACUCUUAUCUCAGAGUGGUACAGAUAUCUUCAACCUGGAUUUACAAAGUGCUUUGGAAACUUUGAUUUGAUUUUUAGUUGGAAGCAAAAUGAUAACCCUUUAUGUAUUAACAACUGUGGACACUUUGUACAAAUGGAGAAAGUUGUGGACAGUGUGGUAACAUUAAUUUAUAGACAACAGACUUAGCCUAUGAUAUUAGUUGGGAACCGAUUACUAAUGCAGUUGUCUGUGGCAUUGCUCUAUAAUCUGCAAUGAAUUUUUUGUUAAUAUGUUUAACUGUUUUGCAAAUUCAGCUUGUUUUUGCAUUUACUUUAAUUCACUUCUUGUGUUUGUUUGAGAGAGACUGCCAAACAAAUUGAUUCCUUAAUUGAUCCCAGCAUCCAGAAGUGCUCACUGAAUAUAGCAUGAUUAUAUCAAUCUACAGUAUAAGUGACAGUUUAUAAAGUUAUUUCAUGUGAGUAGGAUGGGACUAAUCAUCAAGUAUCAUCACUAUUGGGGUAGUAUUCAAUAGUGUCAUUCCAUUGGCAGAUACUGUUUUGCCAGUUGAAUGAAUUCAUAAUCCCUACCACCACCUCUACAUGCCUUCAGAUCUCCUCUAGAAGUUUGGCGAGCUCUUUUGUGUAUGUUUGAGGUUCAUGCACAAGGAAUUGAAGGAGGGGGAAGGGAAAUCCCAUUAUGUGAAUGGAAGUCAGCUAAUGUAAUAUUGGAAUAGCCUACUAUUAGCAAUUUAAUGUUACACUUUAGAAAUUUGUAGUUUUGAAAGAGUGGAGGAUUUUUUGAAUAUAAUAGGAAGAUCAGUUGAAGUUUUAGUUUCUGACCCAUUGGUUUUUGAAAAUUAUUUUCCUAGUUAAGAAUUUAAGCAAUUAUAUUUCAUGAUUGUGGGUCUUAUAGGCAGCGACUAGUGGCUGGUUUAAAUGUAACAUUUUCAACUUAACACAGCAUAGUUUAUUAAGCUAGGAAUAAGUUUUGGUCCCACAUAUGCCCCCCACUUUUCUGCCCUUUGUACCAGCUUUGAUCCAUAUCACCACGUUUAUUAUUACUGAGCUGGGGAACUGUGGUAUAAAGUUGUUUUGUUUACUGGCCUCUUGAUUAAUAAUAUGCAUUAAACCAUAUCCCCCUAUUUUUGGCAUAAUGGGAAAUUGGUUUAAAGAAACAGGGACUGAAGAAUUGCUUCUCCA